AUUCAUCUUAUGAGAAAAUGUUUUGGCUUGUUUGGCCUGUUCUUUUUGGGAAAUCCCAUGGAACUGUGAGUUUACAGUGGAUGUGGUGAUUUCUUUAUUUUCUGCUCUUUCUCGUGUUUUGUAAUGCAGGUCAGAAUAACAAAUGGGACUUCUUCUCUUUAUGCACUUUGCGGCUCAUGGUUGAGAAAUAGUUUUCCUGAGGAAAGCCAGCCACAAUAUGGAGAUAUUGCAAAAUCUCUCCCACAACCUUUACCUAUGCCAGUGACAGAUAACCUGCCAAACAAAAGGGAAGGAGUAGAACAGGAAGAGGGGGUUGGUUUUCCUAGUUUUGCUGUUCUUAUACGUGUGAAGUUGUUCUAGGUUUCUUCUGCUGGAUUUCAAUUUUGUCAGCUUUUAUUUUUUGCUUGAAUACUACACAGAAAAUAGGCAGAACCCUCAAAUCGCCUCUUAAAAAAGAUGGGUGGGUAUGGAUCAACCCUCACAAAAAUGAAGGGACAUUUGGCCCCCCAAAAAUUAUCGACUGAUCCAAAUCACCAAUUAUUUAAUUGCUGACAUCAUCACUGUCAUGAUCUCCGUUUAACCCGUGCCAACGUGUCAUUUUUUUACACGUUGGAAGCUGAUGUGUACCAAUCUCUCUUUUUUAAACACUGUAUCACCUUUUAUUCCCCUUUUCUUGUCAUGGACCCCAUUUAGCCCUAAAAAGGAAGAAGGAGAACCUAAGUCUUUGCUCAGAUUUGUAGCGAAAAAUUGAAGACUCAUUUCUCAAAGAAAUCUUUGGAUUAAAUUCACUUUUGAGUACGGGACGAGAGUUGGUUCAACUCUUUCUAGCGAAUCUCAAGAAAACACUAAAGCUUUUAGGGCCCUUGCACACUCAGUGUUGCAGUUGGUGGUGGGGUUCAAGGUGAAGGACAUAGUAAAAGUAAGCCUUUGCAGUUGCUUUCUCUUGAAAAAUGUUUGUUUAUAAAGUUUUCUAGUUUGU